AUGACCGUCGACAGCCGUAAAAAGGUGCAGCCCGAAGAGGACUGUGAAGACGUGACUAAACAGUUCCCGCCUCUUCUUACCUCAUUCUUGAUUGAACAGUCGUCGACGACUGGCAGCGAAAAGAUGCGUCUCCAAGUUCAAAUUGGUACUGAAUGUGUGGUUGUUCCAUGCAAACCCGAAGAUACUGUCCACACUGUGGCUCUGAAAUCUGUCGAAAAACUUCGUCGCCUUCGUCCAAAGCUUCCACUAGCUGAUAAUUACUUCGAAGUCCGCCGAACCAUUGGAAACUCACUUCUUGAUCCAGAAGACUUGGUUUCUGAUGUUUUAAAGGAUAGUGAUUUCAUUAUUGUUGCCGCCACUAUCGAAGAGACCGAAGAUGCCAAAGAAGCCAAGAAACAAGAGGAAAUCGACAAUGCCAGAGCUGAGCUUGAGAAAAUUGACCACCGGAGAAGAAAAGUCUCUUUUGCUGACUCUUUGGCUCCUAUGGUUCUGGCCCCACCAACUAGACUGAUCAUUCUUGACGGAAACAGUCUUCUACCGGCAGAUCUUGUUAGAUGCGAGAAAGGAGAGUGUGCUAUCCAACUAUCAAUGGAAGCAGAGGAUCGUAUCAGAAAAGCAAGAACGUUUCUUGAAAAAAUUGCUUCGGAACAUCGAGCUGUUUAUGGUGUAACCACUGGUUUCGGAACAUUUUCCAAUGUCACCAUCCCGCCAGAGAAGCUCAAAAAACUCCAGCUCAACUUGAUUCGCUCUCAUGCAACUGGAUAUGGAGAGCCACUUGCUCCAAACAGAGCUCGUAUGCUUCUAGCUCUUCGAAUCAAUAUUCUCGCCAAAGGUCACAGUGGAAUUUCAGUCCCUAACAUUAAAAAGAUGAUUGCUGCGUUUAAUGCGUUCUGUGUUUCUUAUGUUCCACAACAAGGAACCGUUGGAUGUUCUGGAGAUUUGUGUCCAUUGGCUCAUUUGGCUCUUGGUCUUCUUGGAGAAGGAAAGAUGUGGAGUCCAACUACUGGAUGGCAACCAGCUGAUGUAGUUCUUAAGAAAAACAAUCUGGAGCCUUUAGAGUUAGGUCCAAAGGAAGGGUUGGCAUUGAUCAAUGGAACCCAAAUGGUCACAGCUCUUGGAGCUUAUACACUGGAAAGAGCCAAUAACAUUGCUCGACAGGCAGAUGUGAUUGCUGCUUUGUCAUUGGACGUUUUGAAAGGAACCACCAGAGCUUAUGACCCAGAUAUUCAUAGAAUCCGCCCUCAUCGUGGUCAAAAUUUAUCUGCUCUCCGUCUCCGUGCUCUUCUUCACUCCGAAGCAAACCCAUCUCAAAUUGCCGAAUCUCAUCGCAAUUGUAGAAAGGUUCAAGAUGCAUAUACUCUCCGCUGUGUGCCACAAGUGCAUGGAGUUGUACAUGACACAAUUGAGUUUGUUCGCGAAAUAAUCACCACUGAAAUGAACUCUGCCACUGAUAACCCACUGGUUUUUGCUGACCGAGAGGAAAUUAUUAGUGGUGGAAACUUCCAUGGAGAGUACCCAGCCAAAGCACUUGACUACUUGGCUAUCGCAGUUGCUGAGUUGGCUCAAAUGAGUGAACGUCGUUUGGAAAGACUUGUUAACAAGGAGCUCAGCGGUCUUCCAACAUUCUUAACCCCUGACGGCGGUCUUAACUCUGGUUUCAUGACUGUUCAAUUGUGUGCCGCCAGUUUGGUGUCCGAAAAUAAAGUUCUAUGCCAUCCAUCUUCGGUCGACAGCAUUCCGACCAGCUGCAACCAGGAGGAUCACGUCAGCAUGGGAGGGUUCGCAGCACGCAAAGCGCUAACUGUAGUUGAACAUGUUGAAGCUGUUCUUGCCAUGGAACUAUUGGCAGCUUGCCAAGGAAUUGAGUUCCUUAAGCCACUCAUGUCCACUGCUCCACUUCACAAAGUCUACACUCUUGUUCGUUCUGUGGCACCACCACUCAACGAAGAUCGCUACAUGAAACCAGAAAUCGAUGCUGUUAUUGAGAUGAUUCGUGAGAACCGUAUCUGGGAGACUGUCUUGCCUCAUCUGGAGACACUGGAGGCUAUGGAAGAGCUUGACCCAGAUGCACUCCGCCAAUUUACCAAGACUCCAACUGGAAUUGUCCAGGAUCGUUCUAUUAUCCCAAUUUCUGAUGACGAAGACAGCCAUUCUGAAUAA